AUGUCCAUUGACCAAGUUGACAAGCAAGGAGAGGCCGCACCCCAUCUUCGGGAUAGCGAACCAGACAGUAUCGGCAAAAACAUGGACAGCAGGCCAGAGCACUCACCUUACGCCAGCCAAGUCUGUGCGGUAUACUUCCAGGGGAAUGGACCCCUCCAUAUCCCUCAUGCACUCCUACACCAGAGCGCCGAGCUUACUUCCCGAGACGUCGCAACAGGCUGUUGCUCUUCGUCAUUCCGCGAGCUUCACUUGAACGAUAUUGGCUACGACACCGGCCAUGUCCUUAUCCACUUUCUGGCCACCGGCAGAUAUCAAUGCCUGAAGCCACAGGGAGAUAAUAGUACCAAGAGGUAUACAUCCGAGUUUACAACUGCGCUUCGCGUGUACGCCGCAGCUCAAACCUUUGAAUUGCCCUCUCUUCGUGAUCUGGCAAGAAGAGAGAUGAUCGAUCUCGGCGACAGGUUGAGCUUACCUUCCUUGAUUAAUAUCAUGGAAGAGUCAAAUCUGUCAAUGGGCACUCUGCCGGGAAUAGCCGCGUAUGUUGAGUCACGCAUUCUUGCAUUUGCGGAGAAUAUUACCUGUCCAACUUCAGAAAAGAUACUCGCUGAGAUUGGAACCCCUAAUACGCUCAGCAUGGUUCUCUUGAAGACUAUUCUGUUGCUCCAAACUUCAGAACUAUCUCCACGCGAUGAAUCACUUCGGAAGGAGGAACUGGUAGAGAUUCUCCGAGGCCUCACCGCUACCGGACCGAUAGCAAAAGGCAAGGCUUCGGAUGUGGACCGAGCUAUGAAGGAAGCCGAGGAGCAAGCAGCUAAGAGGGCCGAAGAAAAAGCUGCUAAGGAAGCGGAAGAGGCUGCAGCUGCCGCUGUUGCCGUGGCGCAAAGCAUUGCCAAGGCUCAAGCUGCUGAAGCUGAAGCUGAAGCGGUCCGUGAAAUGGAGGAAAUUGCUUCAUUAUUGGAAAAAAAGGCAAAAAGGCAAGGCACACUACUCACAGAGGAUGGAGAUGGAAGCUGCCCUGAGCCGGCACCCACGGAAAGCCCCUCACCAAACGACAACGGCUGGCGAUAUAUCCGAACCCCCCCACCGCCGGCAUCCGACGAAUCCGACCUGACAGGAUGA